AUAAAGAACAACGACGAGAGUGCGAGGCAUCAGAUCAAACACGAUCGUAGAGUGAUCAGAUAUAGUCGUCGAGAAGAGAAAAUAAGACUUGAAAUUAGUUUGUGCCGAUAAUGGAUAAUGAAAUCAAAAAUGAAAAGUGCAGUUACGAAGAACUUGAACUGAAAUACAAGCAGUGUUUAAAAGAUAACGAACAUUUGGCAAAAAUGAUGAAAAAUUUACGACAAGAAAAUGAUAAACUGAACAAUGAAUCGCGUAAUCAAACUUCGCGGCUCGCCGACGAGAGUUUGCGACUGGCUGAAGGGGAGGACAAACGUAAACAAAAAUACAACGUAUUACUUGAAAUUAAUCAUGGCUGGAAAAAUGACUACGAACAAUUGGAAAUGCGCUUCAGAAUGCUUAAAAAAGAGAGAGAUUUACUCGUAGAGGAAGUAAAAAGAGUAAAAGAACGAGUAAAUGAACUUGAAGAGCGACAAAGUCCUUUAGAAGACGAAUUAGGACGAUUAGCCUCGGCUUUGUACGCGCAACAAAGUGUUCAACAUAAUCGCGAUGAAAACGAAGUAGAAAAAUGUGAAAUGUUGAAGUCGCAGAUACUCGUUUAUAAAGAAGACUUUGACCGUGAGCGUAAAGACAGAGAAAAACUAAACGAUGAAAAAGAAAUGUACAAACAAAAGCUUGAGGACUCUGAGGAAAUCCUCCGACAUCUUACAGCAGAACUUGAUGCGUGCAAAGUACGUGAGCGUUCCUGCCGAAGGGAAUUGUUUCAAAUUGGUUCCCUUUAGUGCUAGUUAUCCUCCGCUUAAUUAUCUAUGUCAAUGUAGGUGCACUGAUCGUUCUUGUCAGUUGCAGCACCAAGGGGAACGUGUUCACCCCCCUUAUGGGUCGUCCACCGCACUAUUUUACGGGGGUGAUGUUGAAGUCGACGAGCUUCAUGGUUAGC